GUUUCCAAGAGAGCUUCGUCAGCCGUGGGGCAAGACCCCGCGACGCACCCCGUAGGCGUCAAGAAGCACCGGGGCAUUUUCGUAAUCGGGGGCACCCUGAGGGUGUUUCAUACAGUACUCGAUUCGCUGGCCCACUGGGUCAAAGGCGUGCUGGCAUCUCUUGAAAGAGGUGCUGAAUUAUGUAUCUCACAAGUUCGCCGCGUGGGGGACCCUAGGGGCUCGUGGGAGGGAACAUGCCGAGCAGGCACCAGGACCGUCUCGGGAGCAUCUCCCCGAUAGGAUGUUGGAAUUUCUGAGCGCGGCAUGAAGAGCUGCCAAGCGGUGCAUCGCAUGGUGGAGUCCCCUUUCCUUGGCUUGUGCAUCGCAUGGUGGAGUCCCAUUUCCCUCAGCGAGGAAGCUGGCAACUUGUGAAUGAAAAAGCUGCCAAGCGGCCUCCGACAUUCCCUUCGAGGCUUUCAGGAAAGGUCCCGCACUGCCACUCGGCCGAAGUGGUGCCGACACCCAGGCGGCUCGUGUGCCUAGAUGACUCUUCUGAGGUGCAGGGGAGCUGGCUACCACACGUUUUCUCGGAAACGGAAGCAGCCGGGCGCGGGGGAAGCGUUGCGUUUGGCAGCUCAUUUGUUCAUCACUCAUCAUCGUGGCGAUUCAUGACGUCGGGAGGCGGAAAAGGUGGAGGAGCAGGAGUAUAAUGUGGAGUAAGGGCAGGAGAAGGUGUAGCGGCUUCAUCGCAGUUCUGUUGAUUGCGGGCGUUUGGAGGAGGGCGUGGGAGGACUGCCGACCAGGUUAUGCUGUUCUUCGUUCAGCACCUUCUCAAGGGUUUCGUCGCGAGUCUGUCCAUAAAGGCCACGCCCUUCCUGUACAGAUCGUACCAUUUGCCUGGGCCGCAGAUUCAGAUCUACGGCAGCGUGUCUCAGUUGCCGUGGUCAAUGAAGCCGAUCAUCGGCCUCCUCAGCGACGUGAUGCCCAUAGGUGGCUACAACAAAGCGCCUUACAUUGUGCUGACGUCGCUCGCUGGCGGCAUAGCGUUCGCAACGCUGGGAUGGAUGCCCCAGAGCAGCCUACCCGUGAACGCCCUGGUGGCCUGCAUGUUCCUGAAGAGCCUGCAGCUGUCCACCUGCGACCUCCUGUCCGAGGCCAAGUACGCCGAGAAGAUGCAGCAGGCUCCACAGCACGGCCCCAGCCUGAUGACGUACGUGUGGUUCGGCCUCGCCCUCGGCGGGCUGGUGGCCACGCUGCUGUCGGGGCCGAUCAUACACAGCUUCGGCCCCAAGCAUCGGUCCAUUGACACGAUGGCUCAAGUUUUUCUGGCUAUGCAAGUGGCCCGCGCCACGAUCCUGGAGCUCGCGCGCGGGAUCAGCACCGGGGCGGCCCUGUGGGGCGCGACCCAUCCGUGCCCGACCUGUGCACCUGUCGUGUACUGCCCAGCGGUGCCCGCCUCGACGUGCGUCUGCCCGACGCCCUCUCCGCUGGCGGUGGCUGGCGGAGCGCUGUUGGUGGCGCUGCUCAUCGUCGGCGCCUACUUGCUCGGUGCGCUGUGGGGGCUGCCGACCCGCGAGGUGCGGGUAGUGCACUCGCUCGGGUCGCAAGUGGCGGUGACGGACGACGCGACGGCGUUGAGGCUGGCCGCCUUCUGCCUCUUCCGGGGCUUGCUGGUGAAUUCGCUGGAGUCCGCCGAUUUCGCGAUGGCCGAGCUGGCGCAGGCCUCGGCUGCCCCCGCGGGCUGCUUCAUGAGGCCCCGCGGGCGCGGUGGCAGCAGUGCCCCCGGCGGGCGCAGUGGCCGCAGCGCCGACUGUCCGGAAGUUAGCGGCCGCAGCGCCCAGGCGGCAUACUAUCAGAGCUUGGAUGGGCACAAUAUGUUGCCCGAUGUGUUUGUGAAGUACCAUGUUAUGAAUCAGCAGGGCGACGCCGCCGAUGUACAUGUUCGCAGAUCCGCAGCAACGGUGCUCACGAACUGCAAAAUAAACGAGGAAUACACAGACCCGCUGAUUGUUCUCUGUCUUCGCAUCAUCGACAAAGUCAGGGCGAAGUCGUUCGAAAGGCGGAUGGCCGCCGCAGUGUGUGCUACGAUCAAUGGCCGUUCUUUUUUGAAGGAGCUGUUGAAGAAACUCGUCGGAGAGGGUUGGACAGGCGCCCAAUUUUGGGAAACCGCUCAUACGUUAGUGCACAACAUAGAUCCCGAACAGCUUUUCACUGGCGCGUUCAACAAGCAGGCGCUCGAAUCAAAAAGCAAGCGCGAAUUAGCGAACAAGCGUCUGAUUCGAAUCAGGGACAAAAUGAAUCAAGACAUCAAUUUCGAUAACGCCUCGCGCCUGCAAGUGUCACUGGAUCUGGUGAAAGUCUGCGGCAAAUUCUUGGGCAAGAACGCUUUUUCUCUGCUGGAGCAGUCCUACGCGAACAGGUGCCGCCGUCCAGGGUGGUGCUCGCAACGCGGGGCGCUCAUGGGCCCAGGUGCUGUGGCGGGCGUAAACAUCAUCAGCGGGAUGUGGAAGCAGAGCGGGACGGGCAGCGCCAUGCUCGGGGAUGCGCUGCAGCAGUGGGACGAGUCUCACGAUAAUAUGGAGGAGCUGCGUCGUCUAUUCCGGAAUGAUUUAAACUCUCUCCGCACGUUGGCCAGGAAGUCGCGCGGUGAGAAGCGGGCCUUGGCUGGGGAGCUAUGCGAUGCUUUGGAGCACCUUCUUGGUAUGUCUGAUACAGGCUUGCAGUUUGUGUGCUGUGAGAUAGCAGAGGUCGUCGCAUUUCACUACAACCUUCACAAGCGGUGCUGGCGCCUGAGCAAGCUCCGCGGCGACGUGGGCAACGCGGCCGGCAGCGAGGGCGAGGGGGAUGGCCGCGAGAGCGACGACGACGACUGA